AUGGCAGCCAAAAUAAUAUUCUUCCUCCUCCCGCCCACCUUCUUCCUCAUUUCUGCCAUUGCAACCUCUAGCACUCCUCCAUUGUCUUCUACAGCGGCAGUCCCAAACCCCGAGCUGAUCGUUGAGGAACACCGUAAAUUUCAUUACAAUGGUAAUUCCCUUAUCGACUCUAACAGGAGCAUCAACGCCUCUCGUCGACAGCUAGGCUAUCUCUCCUGCAGCACCGGCAACCCAAUUGAUGAUUGUUGGCGCUGUGACCCCAACUGGGAAACCAACCGCCAAGGGCUUGCCGACUGCGCAAUAGGCUUCGGUCGCAAUGCCCUCGGUGGCAAAGGCGGCGCCACCUAUGUCGUAACUGAUAGCGGCGAUGACGAUCCCGUGACCCCCAAACCCGGAACCCCCCGCUACGGCGUCAUCCAAGACAAGCCCCUCUGGAUCGUGUUUGAACGGGACAUGGUUAUCCAGCUCAAGGAAGAACUCAUGAUGAACUCCUACAAAACCCUCGACGGCCGCGGCGUCAGCGUCCACAUUGCCGGCGGUCCCUGCAUCACCGUCCAAUAUGUAAGCCAUAUUAUCAUUCAUGGCCUAAACAUACACGAUUGUAAGCAGGGGGGGAAUGCUUAUGUGCGAGACUCCCCUGGACAUUAUGGAUGGCGAACACUGUCGGAUGGCGACGGCGUCUCCAUAUUUGGCGGAAGCCAUGUUUGGGUUGAUCAUUGUUCGCUGUCAAAUUGCCGAGAUGGGCUUGUCGACGCCAUUCGUGGGUCGACGGCAAUCACCAUUUCGAACAAUUAUAUGACUCAUCAUGAUAAGGUGAUGCUGCUCGGACAUAGCGAUGAGAUGGUGGAGGAUAAGAACAUGCAGGUUACUAUUGGAUUUAACCAUUUUGGUGAAGGAUUGGUUCAGAGGAUGCCAAGGUGCAGGCUUGGAUAUUUUCAUGUGGUGAACAAUGACUAUACGCACUGGGAAAUGUACGCGAUCGGAGGAAGCGCGGCGCCGACGAUUAACAGCCAGGGAAAUAGGUUCCUCGCCCCUGACAACCGUUUCAGCAAGGAGGUGACGAAGCGAGAGGACGCACCAACAAGCCAGUGGAAGAACUGGAACUGGAGGUCAGAAGGUGAUUUAAUGUUGAAUGGCGCCUUCUUCACCACGUCGGGCGCGGGAGCCUCGUCGAGCUAUGCCAAGGCGUCGAGUUUGGGAGCUAGAUCUUCCUCUCUUGUUGGGGUCAUAACCAGUUCGGCCGGUGCUCUGAUCUGCAAGAAGGGCCGGAGCUGCUAAUCAUUACCUGAAUUUCUACAUGUUUAUGUAAAUUUAAAGGUCUCAGCUAAUCGCUAGAGAUAUAAAUAUAUGCGUCAAUGAA